AUGCUAAGGAUAGGCAAGGAAGUCAUUGAACAUGAGCUGAAUGUAGACCCAAAGGUAUGCCCAGUAAAACAAAAUAACAGAAACUUUAAUACAGAGAAGGACGAAGGAAUUGCGGAGGAGGUAGAUCAGUUAUUAGCAGCUGGAUUCAUCAAAGAAGCAUAUUAUCCAGAGUGGUUGUCUAACGUGGUGCUGGUAUUGCAAAAACUAGACACCUCAGGACAGUUGGUCAAAUGGUCAAUCGAACUAAGUGAGUACGACAUUAGCAACAUACCAAAAAGCAGUAUGAAAGGGCAAAUACUAGUUGAUUUUGUAGCAGAGUUUUCCAAUUUCAAAGAAGAAGACCACAAACCACCUGAGAAGAAUCCAUGGGAAGUGUAUGUAGAUGGGUCAACCUGUCGAGCAGAUGGAGGAGUCAGGGCGUACAUAGUAGCAAGUGAGGGGAAAGAAUCAUACCACGUAGUACGAUUGGAGUUCAAAGUGACAAACAACGAAGCUGAGUAUGAAGCUGUACUCGCCAGUUUGGCGAUCAUGAAGGGAUUAGGAGGCAAGGAAGUCGAGAUGAAAGCCGAUUCACAAGUGGUAGUCGGGCAAAUUACAUGGGAAUAUUUGGCAAGGGGAUCCAAGCUGAUAAAAUACCUUCAUCAAGUACAAGAACAAAGCAAAGAUCUCAGGUACUUUCGAAUCAAGAAGAUACCUUGUGGUUGUUUCCAAGGCUGA